AUGAGCGAAGACAACAUGACAGGCAGAAAAAUGCAGCUAGAAGACUGGCUGGACGACCUUUGUGUCCGAUUCAUAAUAAAUAUUCCUGCGGCUGAUCUAUCACACGUUCCUCGAAUAUGUUUUCAAGUCGAAGAAGCGCAAUGGUACUACGAAGAUUUCAUUCGACCCCUCGAUCCAAGUCUACCCUCGAUGAGCCUUCGUAACUUUUGCCUAAAGAUAUUCCUUCAUUGCCCUUUACUUUCAAACUUUUCAGAAAGUAUACAUAUGCGAGCCUUUGAAGAGUUCCUUUUAUACAAGACCCGAGUUCCAGUGAGGGGCGUAAUUUUGUUAAAUGAGAGCAUGGAUUCGGUUGUUCUUGUCAAGGGCUGGAAGAAGGGUGCAAAUUGGAGUUUCCCCCGGGGGAAAAUCAACAAAGAUGAGGACGAUCUUACCUGCGCUAUCCGAGAAGCCUACGAGGAGACGGGCUAUGACCUUGAAGAAUCAGGGCUUGUGACUCCAGACCGGAGUCUUGUGAAAGGCAUUGAUGUUACGGGCCACAAUCAACAAAUAAGACUAUACGUCUUCAGAAAUGUUCCUAAGGAUACUCCUUUUGAGCCACAAACUCGAAAGGAGAUCAGUAAGAUACAGUGGUGGCCGUUAUCUGAUCUUCCAGCAUAUAGAAAGAAAGGCCAGCAGCAACAUCAACCCGAGGCUGCUGUCAAUGCCAACAAAUUUUAUAUGGUGGCCCCAUUCCUACCUCCACUCAAGAAGUGGAUUCUAGAUCAGAAGAAAAAAGAUGCAAAGAUGGCAGUAAAUACCCAGUAUUUGGAAGCUGCAGGGAAUAUCAGCCACGAUGAAUGUAUCACCGAGGAUGACCAGCCGGUUGAGCCAAGUAUAAAUUAUGAUGCAUCCGUCUCACAAGAUGCAGAACGAACUAGGCGUAAUGCUGCCGACCUUGCUCUUUCUGCUAUCAUGCAAGUUCAACCAUCGACUCAGGGGUUACAGCACAAUGCCUUGAAUUCGGUGCAAUCACAAGCUAUACACAGCUCAGGACAGCAACUGCUUGCUCUUUUACACAGUAAACCUCCCGUGGAUCAACCAGCCCCCACACAACCGCCUCCCCAAACACCUUUAGACCAUACCACCACACAACCUUCUUUUCCUAAACCGCCUCAUCAUCAAGUACCUCAUCCUUCACAUAUCUCGAAUCAACCACCUCCGCCUACCUUCCAGUUACAACAGCAGCAAGAGCACCGGCCAAUGCAAACUUAUGCCUACCAGCGACCAGAUUUCCAUGUUCGUCAAGAUCAAAGGUCUGUCCCUAACAUGCAAUAUCGCCAUCAAGUACCGCAACAAAUGCUGCAGCAAAUACCACAGCAGAUACCACAGCAGAUACCGCAACAACUUCCACAGCAGCGAGAACGUCACCCAUAUCAACCUCCUUUGAUUCAUCCCCAACCAUUACCCCCCAAUGCCCAGAAAGUCUUGUUCACCGGAGGUCCUGUACAUUCCAGAAUGGUUCCACAGCCUGUUCAGCAACAACCUCUGCAUCACAAUUCUAUGGUGUCUGGCUCUAUGCCUCCUCAAUUUCCUAAUGUACAUGCCACCAUAGUUCCACCUCAACAAAAGGAAGCACCUGCUGCACUUACUAGCCAUUCGUUGUUACUUUUAAAUGCUUUCAAGACUCGCGAUCAAGUAAACGGAAAUACCACUUCCACCAACCACUUGCCUUCCCAAGGCCCGACUCAAUCACACGUAAUUACUUCGCUACCUGAAGCUCAAGAACUUCCAGGGGAAAGUUCUCGAUCUAUACCUGUCCCUGUUCUGACUGAGCCACUUCAACCCCCAAAGUCCGUAUCGGGACUAAAUGCAGGUAUUUCGAGUACAAUCAGUCACAACCAAGUAGCUCGCCCACCCAUUAGUGAACAGCAACGAUUAAUGUUACUGGGUAUAUUCAAAAGUCCUGCAGCUCAGCCCGCAACUCUAGCUGCGACACCAGCAGCUGUGGCGCUGCCAACAUCCGGAUCGCCUUCUGCGGUGGAGUUAAGCGCAGUAGAAGUUGUCUCCCCACCCCAAAUGUUACAACCAGAAACUACCGACGGGAAUGCUACCAGUGGUAAAAUCAGUCGAGAGAUUCCAGAAAUCAAUCCUGAAUUGAACCUUCCAUUCCGAGCUACAUCUAUUCUCACUCGUCCGGUAAAUGGUCACAGAGAUGUUAAGCCAUAUGGUAGUUUGUCAAAGAAGCCCGUUACCAGAUCAGAAAUGCACAAUAGUAGCAAGAUUGCUUCAAAGACUUCACCCGAAAAACCAUUUCAACCCCAGAUUCUUAAGAGGCCACAAGCGAAUGCAGUCAGGGCCUCGCCACUUCUUGGGCCUUCCACUAUAGCUGCCUAUUCACCAAGCCUUGCACCAUCUAAUCUCGCUGGUCCUUCAACGUCUCCGCUAUCCUUUACUUCGCAGGCCCCACAGUCAACUGAACAAAAGCAUGCUCUUCUGUCAUUGUUCGGAAGAUCGCCUAUGGCCGCUUCCAGCUCAGUGUCUAAAACAUCAUCGCAUGAUGGACCCUCCCCCAAUCCUCUGAUAGACGCAACGAGGAGUGCUGCGUCCCGAUCAAGAGUUGGAAGUUUGGCAUCAGGGAAUGGUGACGGUAUGUCGCGCCGUGGAAGUCAAACGCCAAUCUCACCAGCCGACAAAGGCUUUUUAUUGAACUACCUAGACGCAGUAGCUAGUCGGGGGUAUUGA